AUGGUGGAAAUCACACGGCUUAAUGCCCAUGAAAAACCACCCGCUGUUCUCCGUCAGUUGUAUAAGCAAUACCGCGGACUCAAACUCUCAGAGAUUGACUCGCACCCUCUGAUUCUAGACCCCCAGCGACAGUCUAACAAUAGCUUUGACAAUGGAUUUCAGAGUGAGGGACAUGUGCCUUGCCAGUCCAUUUCGUCAGCGUUGGACCAGUCGCUACAAUGUCAGAUAUACAAGGACGAAUUGAAAGACAUUCCUGUCUACACACAUCAGGCAAUUCCAGGCCUACGUAUUAUCCCAUCCCUUUUGCCUCCUGCUGUGCAGAUUGAAUUAUUGUCUCGCAUCUUCCACCGUGAUCUAUCAAACGAAAACCACAAGACCAAUAUCCAUCUCCAUUACCACAUGUCAUAUCCUAGUGUACCUAAAACUCCCUUCACCGACACUGCAACAUUCCAGGACGGUUGUAAUUCUUCCUCGCAGAAGAGGGCUUCAUUUUUCCAAGAUAACCCGGCUCGAGAACUAGUCCCAAAGGACCCCUCAGUUCAUCCGCCGUUGUCAAUAGCAUCAUUUCUGGAGAAAAAGCUGCGCUGGAUAACACUUGGAGGGCAAUACAAUUGGACGGACAAAGUGUAUCCUGUUGAAAUACCCCCUCAAUUCCCAGCAGAUAUAGCCAGCCUGCUGCGCAACAUCUUCCCCGAAACAAAACCGGAGGCUGCCAUAGUAAAUCUUUAUUCUCCUGGCGAUACCCUGAGCGUCCAUAGGGAUGUAAGCGAAGAGUGCGACACCGGCUUAAUAAGUAUUAGUUUUGGAUGUGAUGGUCUUUUUAUGGUGGGCCACUUGGAUGGUACUGGUUGUGAAAUUAUCCGACUGCGCUCGGGCGAUGCUGUCUAUAUGUCUGGUCAGGCAAGGUUUGCUUGGCAUGCAGUACCCAAAAUCAUUCCGUCAACUUGUCCGGAAUGGCUGGCAGACUGGCCCGGCAAUGCUGCUCAGUUCGAGCAAUGGCGAGGUUGGAUGUCGAACAAAAGAAUCAAUAUUAACCCAAGUUUUAUCGUUUUCAAAUUGGCCAUAGUGUAUACAAAACGAUUAACACUACUCCAUCUUCCGGAUCGGUCGCUUCAUCUCCCCAGGUCAGCCCUCAAACCUAGUUCCUCGCACGUCAAGCAAGCGCCGAAGGCCGCUCACCAAGCUUUCCUCCCAAAAGGUCUUCAAAACGGCCUACUAGAUAUUCCAAUCCAGCGUUAG